ACAUGAAACCUAACAUUUGUCUUCAUUUCCCGGAAAACAAACUUGAUUUUCUCGCUGAUCCUUUGCAAUGUUAGUGUUCCGCAUACGAAGCUUGUAGAAACACCCUUUGCACUUCGAAGUGCACUUAUCUGCAACAGAGGCAGGAAUUGUCUUGGGCUACUAGAAAUCAUCGUCAUGAACUCCCUGAACCAACAGUAUGAGGAGAAGGUGCGUCCCUGCAUCGACCUCAUCGACUCUCUUCGCUCUCUGGGUGUAGAGAAGGACUUGGCUCUGCCUGCUAUCGCCGUCAUCGGAGACCAAAGCUCGGGGAAGAGUUCGGUUUUGGAGGCGCUGUCAGGGGUGGCUCUACCAAGAGGAAGUGGCAUUGUGACAAGAUGUCCUCUCGAACUGAAGAUGAAGAGAAGGACAACAAAAGAGGGGUGGUACGGGAAAAUAAGCUACCUGGACUUUGAGGAAGAGCUAAAAGACCUUCAAGGUGUGGAGAAGAAGAUUAGAGACGCUCAGAAUAAAAUAGCCGGGACCGGUUCUGGGAUCAGUCAUGAACUCAUCAGUCUGGAAAUCGCCUCUCCUGAUGUUCCCGACCUGACGCUCAUUGACCUGCCUGGCAUAACCAGGGUGGCUGUAAAUGGACAAAAAGAAAACAUUGAAAAUCAGAUAAAGAGCCUGAUCCAGCAUUUCAUCAGAAAACAAGAAACCAUCAGCUUGGUGGUUGUCCCCUGCAAUGUGGACAUAGCAACCACAGAAGCUUUGAAGAUGGCCCAGGAGGUGGAUCCUGAUGGAGAGAGGACUCUGGGGAUCUUGACCAAGCCUGACCUGGUGGACAAAGGCACAGAGGAUUCAGUGGUUAACAUUGUCCAUAAUGAGGUUUUCCCCCUGAAGAAAGGCUACAUGAUCGUCAAGUGCCGGGGGCAGAAGGAGAUCAAAGACAAAGUGUCUCUUACUGAAGCGUUAGAAAGAGAGGAAGCCUUCUUCAGCGAACAUGCCUAUUUCAAGAUUCUCUACGAGGAAGGCCAUGCCACUGUUCCUAAACUGGCGGAAAAACUCACUCUUGAGCUGGUGCAUCAUAUCAAGAGAUCUCUGCCUCGACUGGAAGAACAGAUAGAGAAAAAACUAAAGACCACUCAGGCAAGUCUGGACAAAUGUGGCCAUGGACCCCCACCAGACGCAACAGAGAGAAUCGGUUUUCUCAUUGAUAGAGUGACAGCAUUUACACAACAUGCCAUCAGUCUCGCCACAGGGGAGGAACUAGAAUUUGGAGGCAGGCCAAAUAUCUUUUCCAUUCUCAGGAAAGAGUUUGCUGCAUGGAAAGAUGUCAUAGAGAACUCUGGAAUACAAUUCCACUGGAAUCUUGAGGAGGAGGUGACUCAGUAUGAACGAAAGUACCGUGGAAGAGAGUUGCCAGGCUUCAUCAACUACAAGACGUUUGAGGGCAUGGUCAAAGAGCAGAUCAAACAGCUGGAAGGGCCUGCUGUACUGAAACUCAAGGGAGUAACAGAAAUUGUAAAGAAAGAGCUGUUUGAGUUGGCGCAGAGUAGCCUCGUUGGACUUCCUAACCUCAUCAAAAUAGCUCAGAUGAAGAUUGAAUCUAUCACAAAGGAGAAGGAUGCUGCAGCAGAGUCCAUUCUGAGGACUCAGUUUAAGAUGGAGAUGAUUAUUUACACCCAGGACGGCACAUACAGCAAGAAGUUAGGGAAGAGGAAGAGGGAAGCAGUAGAGCCUAUUCCGGCUCAGGGUACCUUUGGGUUCCAAACGAUCCCCAUGAAUACUGUGAACAGCAGUAACAGUGGGGCCACCCUCAAAGAGAUGUCCAAACACCUUAAAUCCUAUUACCAAAUUGCUGGCCAGCGUUUGGCUGACCAGAUCCCGCUGGUGAUCCGCUACCAUGUGAUGCAGGAGUCUGCCCUCCAGCUGCACAGGGAGAUGCUGCAGAUGCUUCAGGACAAGGAGAAAACCGAGUGCUUGCUUCAAGAGGACUUUGCAAUGGAAAAAAAGAGAAAACAACUGCAUCAAAGCCUCAAGCGCAUGUUAGGGGCACGCGUUCUGUUGAAUGAUUUCAGCAUGAACAUAUACAACUUCAGCACAACCCCACGAAAACGCAAACCUUAAAAAUCGGAUUCCUGAUUAAAGAAGUUGGUUGGGUUUUCACCUCCAUCACAUUUGUUUUCUUUUGCUGAUUUGUGAUGUUAUUAGUCACUUAAACUAGAAAAGUGAGUACAAUAAAGAGUGGCUAUUGAUAAGUGAUCCAAUUUUAUAUUAUCAUUAAUUAUUUGCCUUUUAAUUCAUUUUUCUCAUAAAUAUUAUGACGUGUUAUUGUUAUAUAUACCGCUUCUUACAUUUGACUUUUACUCUUAUUUUUUAUUCUUAUUGACCUUGUGUGAACUCUUAUCUGUACUUACCUUUGUCUCUCUGUGGCAGCUUUAACAACUGAAUUUCCCUAUGGGCACCAAUAAAGGUCUAUUAUCGUA